GAUUUCCAAGUAGGGGGUGUGUUGGAGGGACUUCUGAGGGCAGCUUGUCCUGGAAGAAUGGGGGAAAGGCGGCGUGUGUUGCUGUCCCUGAGGACAUCUGUGUAGCUCCCUGGGAGACCCUCUGCCCUUUCCCCCUCCCACCAGCCCGGCGAGCAGGGACCAAGCCUGCUUAUUAUCACCUGACGCUGCGCAGCCGCUGAUCCCAUUGGUGGAGGCAGAUUCGGUCUGGCUCUCUCAUUCUUUCUCCCUUCUCUGCCUCUCUCUCCUCCACGCUGCUUUGAUUUCGCUCUUGCCUCUCUUCUUGCGCUGCUCAGCUGGGAACAUCGUCUCACCAGGGGCAGCAGCGACGCGCUGCACAGCCAGACAGGAGCUGGCUGCGGGGCAUGGAAGCAGCCUCCUUGGCAGCCGGGAGAGGAGCAAGCGCACGCCACUGCCUGUGACCCAGGCGUCCGGCUGCUGUCCCCUGCCUGGGAGCUCAUCCACGCAGAGGUCUCUCCCUGUCCUCCCUGCCAGCUUUUCCUCUGCAGAGCCCAGUGGAGCCAGUCCCCACAGGAGACAACCCUGACGGGAGCAUGGAGCUGCUGUCCACGCCCCACAGCAUUGAGAUCAACAACAUCACCUGCGAUUCCUUCCGCAUCUCCUGGGCCAUGGAGGACAGUGACCUGGAGAGGGUCACCCAUUACUUCAUUGACCUUAACAAGAAGGAGAAUAAGAAUUCCAACAAGUUCAAGCACCGGGACGUCCCCACCAAGCUCGUGGCCAAGGCAGUGCCGCUGCCCAUGACGGUGAGAGGCCACUGGUUCCUGAGCCCCCGCACGGAGUACAGUGUGGCCGUGCAGACGGCAGUGAAGCAGAGCGACGGGGAGUACCUGGUGUCCGGCUGGAGCGAGACAGUGGAGUUCUGCACUGGGGAUUAUGCCAAGGAGCACCUGGCUCAGCUUCAGGAGAAAGCUGAGCAGAUCGCAGGCCGCAUGCUCCGCUUCUCCGUCUUCUACCGCAACCAUCACAAGGAGUACUUCCAGCAUGCCAGGACCCACUGCGGGAACAUGCUGCAGCCUUACCUGAAGGACAACAGCGGCAGCCACGGCUCCCCCACCAGCGGUAUGCUCCACGGGGUCUUCUUCAGCUGCAACACGGAGUUCAACACGGGCCAGCCCCCGCAGGACUCCCCCUACGGCCGCUGGCGCUUCCAGAUCCCAGCUCAGCGCCUCUUCAAUCCCAGCACCAACCUCUACUUUGCGGACUUCUACUGCAUGUACACGGCCUACCACUACGCCAUCCUGGUGCUGGCGCCCAAAGGCUCCCUGGGGGACCGCUUCUGCCGCGACCGCCUGCCCCUCCUGGACAUUGCUUGCAACAAGUUCCUGACCUGCAGCGUGGAGGAUGGGGAGCUGGUCUUCCGCCACGCCCAGGACCUCAUCCUGGAGAUCAUCUACACUGAGCCCGUCGACCUGUCCCUGGGCACCCUGGGGGAGAUCAGUGGGCACCAGCUCAUGAGUCUGUCUACUGCCGAUGCCAAGAAGGACCCCAGCUGCAAGACCUGCAACAUCAGCGUGGGCCGCUAGGGACUCCUGGGGAGCUGGGGGGCGAGGGAGAGAUGAGCGGAAGGUGGAGGUGGGUAGCCCAGGUUCAGGGAGCUGGCUUUCUCUCUCCUGCCCCCCUGCUCCCUCCACUCUGCCCAGCUGCCCUCCCCUCGCCCCUUGGCAUUGGAGGCAACAGACGGUGGUCCUCUUGGUAAGUGUGGCCCACACCCGGCCUGGUGGACAUGGAAAGGCUUCUCAGCCUCUGUAGUUGGCAGCUGGGCUGGACUUCUGGAGAACUUCCCCUUUCCUCUGGUUUCCUUGUCCUACUGUUCUUUGCCUCAUCCAGGUCUCUAUCUCCCAAAGACCUGCCCACCUCCUGGGCUAUCCCAGGGAAGCCCCUCUGGGCCAAAGCCCAUGGGUAGCUUGGCUGCCUCCAGAAGAGAUGCAGAGAGCUGUGGGGCGAUCUUUCUUAGUCCCACUCACCCCACUCAGGGCCAACCACAGAAUGCCCCCUCCCUGCUGAGCUGGGUCUCUGGGGCUUCCCACUCCAGGCCUGGAUCCCUUCCUUCUAUAAAUAGUCUCCUGCACCACCGUGACUCCCUGGCUGCUCCUUGCCCCAAAGAACCCUCUUCCUGCAUGGGAGAGCUGUCCCUCCUUCUCCACCUGCCCACCGGGACACUCCCCCUGCUCUCUAGAAAGGAACUCUCUUCUCUUGGCACUGGGGGCGUCAGGCUGUCGGAUGUUCCUUCCUUCCAUACCCCAGCAUACCUUCUCCUUGCUUAGAGUGCAGGGGUCUGAGACAGCAGCCACUGGGGUUGAGGAGGGGGAGGAGACCCCUGAGACCCAGAGGUGCCCCUUCCUCAGCUGGGAGUGGGCCGCCUCAUGCUCUGCUGGGGCCUGGCAUGGAACAUGAGACCUGUAAACUGUCCCGCGGGCCCCGGCACCCCGCCCAGCUGUGCACUUUGCUCACUCGCUCUGCCACGGUGCCAUGACUGUACUGUGCCCAUGCGUGACCUGGACUGUGGACCCUCUGCUGCUCCGCCUCUCCCCUCCCCACUGGCUCUGUCUGCUCUCCUGCCACCCUGCUGGCUGGGAGCCCCUCCCCGGGGAGUUCUUGGUGAAGUCCUUCCCGGGCCUCCUUGUGUUUUUGCCUCAUUCCUACUGUCACACAGGUCACGAGGGUGGACUCCCUACGAUCAACAAAGCAAACAGAGAGCCUGUGGGAGGGGCUGACAGCAGCAGCCGGCUGUUUGGGGGAUGAUGGAGGUGACAUCAGGCAGAGGAGAGUGCAGCCUCACAGUGACUUUCUCAGAGGUGACAGAGAUGAUGGAUGAGCAGCUGGAUUUUCGUGAUGAAGGACGGAAGCAGCAGCGGGCCGGCAAGGCCAUACCUCGGUGAGGGACAGGUGGACAACGGUCACCUAUCUGUAGCCAGGGGCAGUUGUGUGGCCAGCUGUCUCUCUGGGAUGAGUCAGGAGGCCUGGAGGCUUGGGGAGAGGUGUGGAGAAGGAGAGAACAUGGCCCAGGCCCUUUCCUUCCCCCUGUGCUGACAGCAUUGCUGUGGGGGUGGCCCACUGCCCUCCCCUGGCCCUCAUGUCCCCCCGGGGCUGGGGUCCGCCUGCCUGUGCUGUGCUUGCGACGUGCAUCAAUAAACCACCAUGGCCUGAGGGCCCUGCUCGUCUCA